GUAUGUUUACAUGGUUAACCAUGAGCUCAUUCAGUAGUAACCACGUGGAGUGACUGUCUACAGGGGAAAAUCAACUAUUUUUGUUUUUCCAGUAGAUUGUCCUAGUUAUAGAUCGAAAUAUGGCACGAAGACCUGAACACAUCGCACCUCCGGAAGUGUUUUACAAUGAAGAGGAAGCACGAAAAUACACACACAGCUCCAGGAUGAUGGAUAUUCAGGCGCAGAUGUGUGAGCGAUCCCUGGAACUGCUUCUGCUGCCUGAGGACCAGUCCUGCUUUCUGUUGGAUAUAGGAUGUGGAUCUGGACUCAGUGGGACUGUCUUGGACGAGCAAGGGCACAUCUGGGUGGGGUUGGACAUUUCUCAGGCGAUGUUAAAUGUGGCUGUGGACCGAGCAGUCGACGGUGAUCUAAUCCACGGGGACAUGGGUCAGGGCAUGCCCUUCCGAGCAGGAAGUUUCGAUGGAGCUGUCAGCAUAUCUGCCCUCCAGUGGCUCUGCAACGCAGACAAAAAAUCACACAAUCCUGUUAAACGUCUCGAAACAUUCUUCACCUCCCUCUUCGCAUGUCUCUCCCGAACAGCUCGAGCUGUCUUCCAAUUUUAUCCAGAGAAUAGUGAACAGAUUGACCUUUUGACAACUCAAGCCAUGAAGGCUGGAUUUUAUGGAGGUGUAGUGGUAGAUUAUCCCAACAGUGCGAAAGCCAAGAAGUUCUUUUUGGUUCUUAUGACUGGGGGAGAUAUGCCUAUGCCCAAGGCCGUCGGAGCUGAUUCCGAGAACUCGACUAUCAGCUACACCGCCCAGAGACAGCACUUCAAACAACUGCGGGGAAAGUCAUUGAAGAAGUCUAGGGACUGGAUUCUCGAGAAGAAAGAAAGGAGGAGGAGGCAGGGAAAGGAUACUAGGGACGACACCAAGUACACAGGGCGAAAACGAUCUAAAAAAUUCUAGAGAAAAUAAGAAUCAUUUCUCUCUGUAUAUAGUAUUAUAUAAUAAUCGUCAUAUGAAGUUUUUUGGCUCCAGAUCAGAGUUUUACUCUUUAUUUUAUUUAUUCCAUUGGAAAACUAGAAUUGUAAUUGAAUUCGCGGAUGGUUUUUCAUUGUUAUGGAACAAGGGGAGACUGGAGAUGAAAUGAAAUAAUUACUAAUAAAAUAAAUCAUCGUAAUUACAACUAGAAGCGCCUGUUCACUAGUCUAAAUUGUAAUUGCAGAAAAAAAAUUGCAAACCGGUUUAAUAAAAUUUUUCUAUAUACAUCA